ACAUAUUGGUUGUAGGUACUAAUAAUGUUUUUAUGAAAAAAACUAUACGUAUACUUUUUCAAAAUAGAGUUUUCAGACCAUAGACUUCAAAUAAAUCAAUUGUAUGUUUGGUUAGUAACCAUACUACUUCCAUCAACCGUAUACUCUCACCGAUUUCUAUGUUGUCUUUUUCUGACCAAACACAAGUGGAGGACUAAUUGAAACGUUUGGUCUGAUACUGAUUUUGUGAUCUUCUGUUAUAAGCAAAUGGUCUCAUUGGUACCCCUUCAUGCGGUAAUAACCCUCCAUAUGGUUUUGGGAACCGUGUCUCAAUACCUUCAAGGACCUGGUUUCCAGAACCCAUCCAUGCAAUCCAUGCGAGCGAAUAUUCCAGGGCCUAUAGUAUUAAAUUCUGCCAUGCAAAUGCCUAUCGGUUACCCACAGCAACGGUUGCCUGUUGUCAUGAUGCCUUACCAUUCAAAAGCCGCAGAUAAAAAGUAUUUAAAGCACAAAAAACGCCGCCCAAAGAAGUAUUAUAGGGAAUCAGAUUCAACCAGCUCCAGUGACAGCGAUGAAAGUUGCUCAUCCAGCAACGAAUACCUGAGACCGAGGCGAAGAUCCGGUCACAAGAGGAAACGUCAAGUACUUACACCGGUUAUAUCGUACGUCACAAGAAACGGCCGAGUUGUGUAUCAGAAAAAGAUCAAGAAAGACAACGCUGGUGACUGGCUCGAUAUUGGAAAAAAGAAGAUUCCCUCUCGACUGGUGGAGGAAAUGAGAGAUCAAGAAAGUGGUGAGAUGACAAUUAGAGACUUAAAACAUAAAUAUGGACUGAAAUCUGCCCACAACCAUGACAAAUAAUCUGUACUUGUUGUUUGUUUGUUUUUUUUUUAUAUUUAUACAAUUUUA